AAAAGGUAAUUAAGUUUUUAUUGUAAUGUAAUAAAACUCAUCUCGUCCUAAUGUCUCUCUCACUCUCUCUCUUUCUCUAUCCAAAGAAUUAAAAACAAAGAAAAGCCAUUUAAAGAAGAAACAAAACGCAGAAUCGUCUUCGUCUUCGUCGUCGUCUCCGUCUUUGCAUUUCGCCGGAAUAUUUUGAUUCUUGAAUCGGGAUAUCUGCGUUUUCUUUAUCCCGAGUCAAAAGAUUAAAUUUUUUUGUUUUGAAAAGUGGAUUUCUUGGGUUUCGAUUUGUAUUUUUGUAAUAGUUUUUGUUAGAGAAAUAAAAAAGAGGAAAUGGAUUCUGAUUCUUGGAGUGAUCGUCUCGCAUCGGCUUCAAGAAGAUAUCAGCUCGAUUUCUUAUCUCGAUCUGACAAUUUCUUGGGAUUUGAGGAGAUAGAGGGAGAAGAUGACUUCAGGGAGGAGUAUGCUUGCCCCUUCUGCUCAGACUAUUUUGAUAUCGUGUCUCUUUGCUGCCACAUUGAUGAAGAUCAUCCUAUGGACGCCAAAAAUGGGGUAUGUCCCGUUUGUGCGGUGAAAGUGAGCUCUGAUAUGAUCGCUCAUAUAACACUUCAACAUGCAAAUAUGUUCAAGGUGACACGGAAAAGAAAAUCAAGAAGAGGUGGGGCUCAGUCCAUGCUAUCAAUCUUGAAAAGAGAGUUUCCUGAUGGGAAUUUUCAGAGCCUAUUUGAAGGAUCGUCGCGUGCGGUACCCUCUUCUUCUGCCAGUAUAGCUGCUGAUCAUUUGCUGUCUUCGUUCAUUUCACCAAUGGCUGAUGACUUUUUCAUUUCUGAGUCAAGUCUAUGUGCAGAAACAAGUUCUGCCAAGACAACAUCGAACCAGAGUUUGCCUGAAAGGAAUGUUGAGAAGCAGUCUCUUUCAGCAGAGGAUCACAGAGAGAAGUUGAAACAGAGCGAAUUCGUUCAAGGGAUUCUGAGCUCUAUGAUUCUUGACGACAACUUAUAAAGGAGACAUAUUUCCGAUUACUUCUCUACAAUUAGAUCAUUCAACGAUUGGAAAAUGUAACGGCCUUGUUGUGUUAUUUAUCUCAACAAGUGAGUUGGCAGGGGGGAAAGGGUUUGGGAAUAAUCAGAAUAAUGUUAAAGAGAGACAUGACAAUGAGUAUUAAUUAACUUAUGAACACAUAUUUGCUCUAAUGAAACACUCGAAUUGUGUCUGUA